AUGAGUAAUGCAGGAGGUGUUAAUGCUAUGAACAAUUUACCACCUGGUGUCAAUCCAGAGAACAAUUUGUUACCCGGUGGUCCAAUAAUAAAUCAAGGGAUGAAUAGAAAUAGAAAUAAUAAUCAAAAUCCACUGUUCAAUGUCAGAGAACGAUUAUUCCAUGCAUUAUUUUUCAAAUUUGCUGUCGCAUAUGCUCGUACAUUCCCACGGCCAGUGCGAAGAUUCUUUGAGUUCCUUGUGCUUCUGAAAGCACUUAUGGCAUUUUUUGUACUUGCCUAUAUACAUAUAGCGUUCUCAAGAACACCGACCACAUGUCUGAAUCAUGUAAAAGAUUCCUGGCCUAGAGAUGGUAUUUUACGAGUGGAGAUACUAAGAAAUCCCGCUCAAGACUACACGGUAGAACAGAGUUACGCCAAAGAGAGGAAGCUUAAAAAUAGUAAAGAUGAUAUGAAUUCUAUGCUUGGAAUGUUGGCAACUGAAGGAUUCGUAAAUAUUGAAUCGUCAACUAAUGAAGAUAUCGAAGGUGAUGAAUAUUUGAGAGAUGGUACCGAUUAUGGGAAUAUCACGAGGAUCCAUAACGACAGUGAAGAACCGGAACAGGUUAUUGAAACUGGUUUCUAUGUGAAUAGUAAACCUGAAAUGGUUGCGAGCGACCAGGUUGAUUUGAACCAAACAAUCACACCCGGAGAGGAUGUUGAGCCAUCUUCAACCAUAUGGGAAGGGAUUAUGGGUCUCGUUGAAGAUUUAGACAAGGAUACCAAGGUGAAUGAUGACACGCUUGAGGAGGCAGCGACCAACGAAACAUCUAAAGACGAGGAUUAUAUUCUAGAAUAUUCCCUAGAAUAUGGUUUUCUUCGAUUAUCACCAAAUGCUAGACUACGUUUUAAGAUACCCGUUAAAAUUGUCACACUAGACCCUCAGAAGGAUGCAUGUUUUGGUGAUGCCUUCUCACGUUUUGUUCUGGAUGAAUUUCUUGGCUACGACGACCUGUUAAUGGCAUCCAUCAAGAGUUUAGCUGAACAGGAGAAUAAUAAAGGUUACUUGAGGAAUGUUAUAACCGGUGAACACUAUCGUUUUGUGUCAAUGCUGACAGCUCGAAGUUCAUACAUAGCUGCCUUCUUCAUUAUGCUUGUAUUUACGGUUUCCAUAUCAAUGCUGUUGAGAUACGCCCAUCAUCAGAUCUUCGUUUUCAUAGUGGACCUUCUACAGAUGUUGGAAUUCAACGUGACCGUCUCUUUCCCAGCGGCGCCACUGCUCACAGUUAUUUUGGCAUUAGUCGGUAAGUGCUACUACAUCAUAGUUUACAAUUGCAAGAAAAUCCUAAGAAAGAAUUCAUGUAUAUAG